AUGAAAAAGCCUUGCCAAAUAUGUGGGACCGAGACCAAGUCAGUUUGUUACAAACUCUACAUCUGCGCUGCUUGCACCAUGUUCUACCGUCGUAAUUAUCGGCUACAAAAAGAGUUGAAGUGCCGGCUUAUGAAUGCGUGUGAUUUGAAGACUUGUAAGUUAUAAAUCUUUAUGAAUUCUGAAGGCUUACUCAUGUAAGAGAGAUGGCAGUUUAUGAUAAGAAAUUUUCAGCUCUAUUCUUUACUUAGAUUUUCUGAAACUGGAGCCUUGAGUGAAACGACAUUUUACUCUCUAAUUGCUAAUGGAUGUUUAGUAAUGAUCCCUGGGGAAGGAUAAUUUUUCGAAAAGUCAUUUGACUGCAAUUUAAUGACGUCAAGAAUGCUACUGAUAGCCUCCACGCUUCUCAUUAACCUUCAUUAUCCACCUGAUAAUAGGAAUACAAGCAUAGUAUAAAUUGUGAAGUCUUUUGUGUCGCCCUAGAAACGUCAAACUUAACUCUACGUGCUUUUCUCCGCGUCUAAAAACUUUUAAAAGUCAGACUUCCAAAAAAUGAUUGCUCCGCGUCAAAACAACAAGCCCGUAAUUUAAUCCUUGCACUUUUAUCAUAUCGGAAGAUUAUCUAGUUCAGCGCUCUCUGAACCUGCAUCCUUCGCGAAUUCACGUCAAUCACUGGCCUACAUGACAAUUCAGCGGUUCCUCCAAGGUCGGGGAUAAAUUAUUUUUGCGAUGAUGUGAUAAGUUCACAACAAAUCAUAAUACGAGUUUGGUAGAUGAUAAAUCGUUAACGGAAGAGGUUAGGAUUGCAGUAUCGCGGAAUAAAUAUAGAAAAAGACAAUCCCGUUUUGUCGAUUAUGAUCCAUAGAAACAAAAGAGAAAGGUGUCAGAAUCCAAGACCCAAUUUACAAGCAAUUUAAUUAUUAAUUAGAAAGUUAUACAAAAUCACUGGUCAUAGUCUCACAAAAACCCAAAAAUUCAAAUUUUAGCUGACCGUCGCAUCUGCCGCGCCUGCCGUCUCAAGGAAUGCCGUGCUCUCGGCCUGCGGAUGGUCGGCAAGUCUCUAGUCGUCCAACAAAACGGAAUCCCCGAAGAUGACAUGCCUGAUGAAGACGCAGGCACCCUGCCCGAAGGUUGCAUCGUCUCAGCCAACUCCCCAGCCUCCUCAACUCCCUCUAGAUUCCCCGAAGCCGUGGUGUGCUCAACUCCAUCAACUUCGAUCGCGCAAACCCAUUUAAUGGAUACUCAACAUAUAAAUGCACUAAAUAAUAUGCGGGUCCAAUUAGCGUUGGCGUUGAAUGGCAAUUUAACUGACAAUAAGGACAAUAUUCAUAUCACCGGUACCAAAAAUGAAAUAGUAAGUAUAAUAAAAUACGUCCUCUUUUGUUCAGUAAUGUUUAAAAGCGGCUGAUUUUAGAUUAAAUUAUACUUGAAUUUUUAGCCUCAUCUCUUCUCUCUCAACCCGACUAGCACAAUCAUGAAAGCCAUCCGUCUCUACACUCAAUUCGAAGAACGGCAUAAGCGAUUUGCCUCACUUCAUCGUCUCAACGUUCCGCCAGACGUUAGCGUCACUGUUCGUUGUCUUUCAUAUCAGCCAAUCGAGAGUCAGAUUAUGACUUUCAGUGGUUAUUACGCAAUCGAAUUGCUCGAGGAAUUUGGGGGCUUGAGUUCCGCGGAAAAGGCGAGUUUCAAAUCAACGCUUCCGUAGAGGUUACGGUAGAAAAAUGUGGAUUGUGAAUAGAAACUUACAGUAUACUAAGAAACAUCUGAGACAGAAAGAGCUCACCUAUCUUAGCUGUGUAUUGACGAUAAAAUUUUUAGUUCUCAAUCCUCAAGGGAGUCCAGUCUACUAUGAUCUUUAUGCACAAAAUGUUCCUAACCUGUGAUCAGUACCCCAAUCUCGGUGAUUCUCGAUUUGCCGUUGCCAAUGGCCAUCAUUUUGACCUCAAGCAAUAUGCCUAUUUUCUCAGCGAACUCGAAAGCGUAAGUUAGCCAAAGUGUUGCGACAGUCUAAUUACGUCAUCGUUAUGAAAUAAUACCAUAACAUCGAUUAUUUUAGAGCAUGACCCCGGAAGAAUUGAUUCAACAAUAUAAUCGAUGCAGAGUUAUCGUUGAGCCCUUCUUUGACGCCAUUUUCCAGGCUUGCGAAAGCGUUAGACUGGUCAUGCCCGAUCCCAUUGAAUGCGCUGUGCUACUUUGUUCUUGUGUGCUAGAAAAAAGUAAGAGAAUUUGAAUUUAAAAUGCAGCUUUCAAUGAGCUUCAAAAUAUUUUGUUUUUUUUUUCAGUGGAGCAGCUUCGAAUUGGCGCUGAACAAAGUCGCCAGUUUCGUGAUGCCCUCUUCGCUGAAGUCAGUGUAUACCUAGGCCAGAAAUACAGUGUCCAAGAGUUGGGUACUCGCAUUAUGCGACUCACAGCGACGUUAUUCGAGGUCAAAGUGAGUCUUUUAAUCUCCAACCUUUGCCUUGAAGAUGCUUGUAGUUUACUUCCGUUCCAAAUUUAUAGCUUUCCCAACUCUUUCUCGCUUAUUCCAACUUUAUAUUCCAGGUAAUUGCCGAGAAAUACGAUGACAUGUAUUCUCUUCUCGGCGUCUUUGUAGCGGAUCAAACAAAUCGUCAUCCCUUCUUGCAACGUCCCACAAUCCCCGCAGAUCAGAUGAAGAACAUCUUGGCCAUGUUGAACCUCUCCUCACCGCUCACGGCCAAUUCAUGUAAUCCUGUCUAAGGCAAAAAUUUACCGGUCGUUUCAGUGAUCUUCAGUUCGAGGCCAUCGAUGGCUUUAAUGUAA